AUGCCCCGAGACCGCCCAACCUUCCUGACACUCCCCGUCGAGCUCCGACUCGAGAUAUACACGUACCUCCUCGUCCUCCCGCCACCACCGCCCCGCGAAACCCUCCAAGCUACUUACCGCUGCUCCUACGCCGCCUCACCCUCAGGCUCCUCUCUCACAACAACAAACUCCAAACCGACCCUAUAUCCUCAAAUCCUACGAGUCAACACCCAAACCUACUACGAAGCCCUCCCCGUCCUGUACGGCCAAAACACCUUUUCCGCCCACCCCGUCCGCCUCACCGCGCAGCCAACGCUCUACCACCCGUACUGCACCCCUUGCCGGCCAGUCGCGACCAUCCUCGGGACAAAUUUCGCCCCAACCGCCAUCUCCGGGGAGAGGAAACCCGCCCUUUCCACCACCAACCCCAACACCCACCUGAUCAAAAAAUGGCAUCUCCGCCUGCGCCUCGACCCCCCGCCCGCGACCAACCAACCAUCCCAAAGCCAUAACACCACCACCAACAACAACAACAACGAGAACGACGCAACCCGCACCGUACCCGCGGGCCUAGGCGCAUCCUUCAGCCACGCCGACGUCCUCACUCUCGACCUCUGGCGCGGGCUGCCAGCGGCGCGCACGCCCAACGCCAACACCAACACCACCAACGGCAACAACAACACCAACGGCGACACCGACGGCGGCACUACCACCAACAUCGUCGACAUCGGCGUGCACACGCUCCUGGCCGUUCGAGCAGGUAGAAAGAAAUCACAAUCCUGGAAAAUAUCCGGUAACGCCUGCUGCCGCGAUGCAUGCCAUUCAAAUGGUCUUCUUGUCUUUGGAAACGGCCGUCUACCCGUUUACCGGGUCGAUCGCUGA